GAGAAGGAGGGAGAGGAAAGGGAGAACAAGGGGAGAUAGAAGAGGGGAAAGAGGAGGGGGAGAGGAGGAAGGGGAGCUUCGCUUCUGAGAGGAACGGAAACCGCGAGUCGGAGACUGACCUGGAUCUGAUUUGCGAUGUAAGUUCGCCCCUGGCGGCCUAGUGGAGAACGGGCAGGGAGAGUUGACCGAUCCCCUCUGGCGUCGGCCCCCUGACCCUCACAGCCAGUCACUGAAAGCGCGGCAGCCUGAGCCAGGCCAACCUCGGUCGGUCGAGUAGCCUCCCGUCUUUUAGCCUCAGUUUUUCCAUGAACAGAAUGGGGAGCUUUGCCGAGUACCCCCAAUGCAGACGGGUGCUUUGCAAGGAUGUGCUCACAUGGUUCCCCCUCGCCCUGUGGGGCAGGAGCUAAGGCCAUCCCCACUUCUGACUGGGGGAGACUCUGAGGCUCAGAGGACAGUACAUGGGGUGCAGAGGCGGGACUAGAACCCAGGACCCCCGAUCCUGUCCUGGGCUCCGGUAGCCUAGGCUGGCCCUUGGCGGGGGUCCAGCCCCUCCCAAAGGACAGGGGAAGCCACGGCCGGGCGGGGCGGAACCGUGGGUGUCCCUGGUGCCCCAAGGUGCCAAUUAAAUGCUCGUGGCUGUCUGGGGCCAGAGCUGUGGACGGCGGCAUGGCCGAGCUGGGGCCAGAGCCGGGACGCGCGUGGCGGGUGCUAGCCUUGUGCGGGGCUGCGGUGUUUCUGGCGGCCGCCGCAGCCGGGGCAGCCCUCCUGGCCUGGAAUCUGGCCUCUUCGACCUCCCGGGGACCUCGCUGCCCAGAGCCAGGGGCCAACGCCACGGCGCCCCCCAGGGACCUGGCACCUGAGGUCGAGGAACUGCGGAGAAAGCUGGCAGAGGCUACCCAGCACGAGGAGGCUCUGGCCAGACAGCUGGACCAAGCCAACCGAGUCCGUCUGGAGCUGGAGGAGGCACUAAGGGCCUGUCAGGGCCGCCAGAGCCGGCUUCAGACUCAACUGAUGACCCUGAAGACUGAGAUUGAAGAGGCCAAGGCACAGGGGACCCAGAUGGGCGCUGAGAACGGGGCGCUCACAGAAGCCCUGGCGCGCUGGGAGGCGGCGGCCAUGGAGUCUGCGCGGAGGUUGGACGAGGCACAGCAGCGCGCACGCGCGGCCGAGGCAGAAGCCGAAGCUUGCGCAGCCCGGGAGGCGGCGCUGCGCGAACGCUCUAAAGCCCUGGAAGCCGAGAUGGGCCCCCAGCGCAGAGUGCCGCAACCCCGAUCCCGCUCCGUGUCCCGACCCCGACCCAGCCCCCGUUCCCGCUCUCGCCCAGGACCCUCUGGGGGCUGCCGGAGGCCGGCGCGGCGCGCACGAGGGUGAGUCAGCCCCCAGCAGGAUGAGGGCUCUGAGGCCAGGAGGGCACACACUGUGGCUGGAACAAGUAUAGAGGUGCCCACGCUGGAUGAGAUGCCCCGUCGACACCCAUCAACGCUCAGCUUUAGAUCCAGGAGCCACUCUGAACGGAAACUACAGAAAGGAGACUCGAUGUCUCUCCCCAACCAUCUAGUGCUUAUUUUACAGACGGGGAAACUGAGGCCCAUUUUAACACAAUGAGAUAGUGCUUUGGGACUUAAGUGCCUUCUAACGACAGUGUUGCUUCAUCCCACAGACAUUCAUGGACUUAGGGUCCAGCCCUGGCUCAAGAGUGACCUGGAGGGGUCACUUCUCCUCUCUGGGCCUCAGUUUACUUUGUCUGUAAAUUGAGUGUUUGGAAUCAUGUUUAGCAAGCCAGCCUAUCCUUGACAAUUGACCAAGAUGGCAGAAUGGGAAAACUACAGACCCCUCUUCCUAUGAGGAGGGUAUGAAAUUCCCAAAUGGAAUGUUAACCAAAAAAAUUAAGCAACACAUUUUGAAAAUACAUCACAACAAAGGGGACUUAUCCCUGAGAUGCAGAAAUGGCUCAAUAUUCACAAGUCUGCUAAUAAAAUUCACCAUACUAAUGGAUCAAAUGAGAAAAGUUCUGAAAAGGCCAUCAAAAUGAGGGCCAAGGUGAGGAUGACUACUGUCAAGUAUUUAAUAUUGUUCUAGUGGUACUAGCCCAUGCACUUAGACAAGGAAAAGAAAGGGGAGGUAUGAAUAUUAGAAAAGCAGUAGGGAAUUUAUAGUUUGGAUCAUAUGUAAGCACUGUUUAUAUAGGUAAAAAAUAAUAGCAAUACCAACAUUUCAGAUGGCUCGAUUUCACAUGAAUUUGUCUUUCACCUUAUUUUUGACAUAACUUCAGACUUACAGAAAAGUUGGAAGAUUAGUAGAAAGAAUUCCUGGAUACUCUUCCCCCAGAUUCCACAAAUGUUAUCACCUUUGAUUCUUCUUUCUUUCUUUCUCUUUCUCUCUCUCUCUGAGCCUUUUAUGAAAAACUUGCAGAGAUGAUGUCUUGUUACCCAUAACACUUGAGUAUGCAUUUCCUAAAAACAAGGACAUUCUCCCGCAUAAUCACAGUAUGGUUAUGGACAUCAGAAAGUGGACAUUGAUAAAACACUAUUAUCUAAUCUAGACUUUAAUCAGACUUUGCCAACCGUUCUCAUAAUGUCUUUUAUAACAAAAGAAUAUCCUGGCUCACACGUUGUACUUGUCAGGUCUUUCAUCUCUUCUAAUCUGGAACAUUUCUCAGUCUGUCUUUGCCUUUCAUAACAUUGGCAUUUCUUAGAGGCCUGGGGCAGUCAUUUUUUGGAGUCUGAGUCUGGGUUUGUGUAUUAUUUCUGUAAGAUUAGUUUCAGGUUGGCAUUUUGGGCAGGAAAACCUCAGAAGCAAUUCAACCUAAUAUUAUUAUCUGUUGGCAGUAUGAUUUUAUAUAUAGAAAACCAAAGAGAGGGGCGCCUGGGUAGCGCAGUCGUUAAACGUCUGCCUUUGGCUCAGGGCAUGAUCCC